AUGCCGACCGAGUAUCGAUGGAAAAGAAACGUAGAAAGGCAUCAAUGGUCAGAAGAAGACUUACGAAGGGCAGCUGAAGCAGUCAGAACAGGCCAAAUGGGAGUACGGGAAGCUUGCCGUAAUUUUAAAAUCCCCCCACCUACAUUUCGGAGACGGCUAAAAAAUAAUGAUUUUUCAAGAAAAGGCUUGGGGCCACCAUCAAUUCUCGGAAGUGAAAAUGAGCUAAAAUUAAAAAAUCAUAUUCAAAAAUUAGAAAAACAUGGUUUCGCUCCGACUAGAGAUUGUGUUAGAGCUAUGGCUUUUAAUUUAGCAGAGCAACUAAAUAUUAAACAUACAUUUAAUAGAGAAAAGGGACUUGCUGGUUACGAUUGGUUGAAUAUGUUCCUUAAACGUAAUCCUGACUUAAGUGUUCGAAAAGCAGAGGGUGUUUCAUUAGCCCGUUGCCAAGGGAUGAACAAGACCGAGGUUUCAUCUUAUUUUACUCUUCUGCAAAACGUACUGGAGGAAGCUGACAUAAUGGGUAAACCAGGGCAUUUGUUUAAUAUGGAUGAGACGGGACUCCAACUAAAUAACAAACCAGGAUACGUUAUUGCAAAGAAAGGUUCAAAGAAUGUAGCAGCCAUUACGUCUUCGGAAAAAGGUGAAACUAUAACUAUUAUUUCCUGCUGUAAUGCUGAGGGUUUUUUUCUCCCACCGGCAUGUAUUUUCAAGGGCCAAAAUAAAAAAAAAGAAUUUGAAGAUGGUAUGCCACCGGGUUCUGUUGUGUAUAUGAAUAAGAAGUCGGCUUACAUUAGCACUGAAUUAAUGUUUACUUGGCUAAAGAACCAUUUUGUUCCAAGGAAGCCUGAAGGAAAAGUUAUUUUAAUGUUAGAUGGUCAUGCUAGCCAUUGCAAUUCGCCUGAAAUGCUUGAAUACGCCGAAGAACAUCAGGUAUUAUUGUUUUGCCUUCCUAGCCACACCACCCAAUUUCUGCAACCACUCGAUAGAAGUUUUUUUAAAAGUCUUAAGGCUUACUUUAAUUCUGCGUGUAACAGAUAUGUGCGAGCAAACCCAACGAGAAAAAUAUCAAGGCUUAAUUUUGGAGAAUUACUGGCCGAUGCUUGGUCUAAAUCAGCCACAAUAGAAAACGCUGUCUCUGCUUUUAAAUCCACAGGCAUUUGUCCGUUUAACCCCGAGGCAAUACCUAAUUAUGCUUAUUUAAAUGACAACGAGAACGACCAUCUGGAAAAACGCAAAAUUGAUAAUCUCAGCGAGACUCCUGAGCAUUUGGAAAAUCCAGGACCAUCAUCACAAGAAACUAGGACCAAUGUCAGUACGGUCAAUAAUGGAAAUCAACCCAUUGCUGCCAAAGAUAGUUCUUCAGAUGGCGAUACACCUGGUAAAGUUAACUAA